CUACAAUGUAUACAAUACAAAAACGUCGUAAAAGUAGUAAUGAUAUAUUGAAUUUAUUAUUUCAAUCACGUACAACAGAUUUAUUGCAUACAAAAUCUACUACUGAUGAAUCUAUAUUAAUACAAGUAUUAAGACGACAACAUAAACGUACAUUACGUAUAUUAAUUAUAUUAUUAUUAUUAUUUAUUAUAUGUCGUGGACCAAGAUCAUUUAUAUUAAUGAUACAAUGGUUACAAUAUAAUACUUAUUAUAAAAAUCAAUAUCAAUCUUAUUUAUAUACAUGGUUACCAUAUACAAGUAUAUUUUCUUAUUCUAGUGCAAUAUUAGAUACAAUUCUAUAUGGAUUUUGGGGUAUCGUAUUUAUCGAUUAUAUAUUAAACAUUUAUAUACACAUUGUGCCUUAUAUAAAUGUUGUAUUAAUCAAUAAAAAAAUUGAUUAUGUAAUCAUUAAGGAAAUGAUUACAUAUUGA